AUGGCCAAGCGCUCACGAAAGGUGACGACGGACGCAACUGUGGCGCCGACUUCGACUGAUCUAGAAGGAAUUGGAUCAAUACCGGCUCAGAUUUAUGAGAGAAGAGUCUCGACAAGAUUAAGCGCAAAGAACAGUGCUCCGGUGAGGGAAGAUGGCGAAGAGGAUAGUCCAUUGACGGAAAUAGAGGAGGAUGCGCCAGAGCCGCCGAAGAAGAAGAGAAGGAGGACGAAGGUUGUUGAGCCUGUCGUGUACAAUAUUCCGGAUAUCGAGAAGCUAAAUACGACAUGGAAAGGUCGACUAGGUUAUGCUUGUCUCAAUACGAUUCUUCGUGUUAGCAAACCGGAUUCCAUAUUCUGCAGCAGAACAUGUCGUAUCGAUACCAUCAACAAGAAUGGUCUGGACUUUGCCAAGAACCUCGGGAUACAAAACACUAAGGACUUGUGCAAGAUGAUACAGUGGAAUGAGGAUAACAAUAUCCGAUUUAUGCGCAUCUCGUCCGAGAUGUUUCCCUUUGCGUCUCACGGUAUCUAUGGUUAUGAUUUGGACUAUGCCGCCGAAGAGCUCAAGGCUGCAGGAGACCUUGCGAACAAGCUGGGCCACAGGAUGACGCUACAUCCGGGCCAGUUCACCCAGUUAGGGUCCCCGAAGGAGAACGUCGUCACGGCCUCCAUUCGGGAAUUGAAGUAUCAUACUUCCAUGCUGGACUACAUGGGUAUGGGCCCGGACAGCGUCAUCAUCAUCCACAUGGGUGGAAUGUACGGAGACAAACCUGCAGCUCUGGCACGAUUCAAGGAGAAUUAUACAACCCUUGUACCAGACAAGGUCAAGGCGCGACUCGUGCUUGAGAACGACGAGAUAUGUUACAACGCCGACGACCUUCUUCCUGUAUGCGAAGAAUUAAAGAUCCCAAUCGUUUUCGACUAUCAUCACAACUGGAUUUUUCCGUCAGAGCUACCCCUGAGCACUCUCAUCCCCCGUAUAAACGCAACCUGGCAUCGCAAAGGCAUCAGACCAAAGCAACACCUCUCCUCUCCCCGACCUGGAGCAGUAACCGUCAUGGAACGGCGAGCUCACGCCGGUCGAUGUCCGUCUCUCCCAUCUGAACUGGAGCUCGAAGGCGCAGGGUGGAAGAAAGAGUACGUCGAUCUGAUGAUUGAGGCGAAGGAUAAGGAACAAGCGGUGUUUCAGCUUCAUAGAAGUUAUGACCUUCGACCUGUUAUCUGGGAGAACCUGAGACCUGUCAAGGAGGAUCCUGGGUUCAGCCAUGACGUGAAGGAAGAUGAUGAUUUAGAUGAGGGUGACGGCGAUGGAGGGGUGGGUGUUGAGGGUGGAAGUGGUACGCGGAGUAGUCCGAGAAAGAGGAAGGCCUCGAAGAAGGGUGAGUCUUGCUAUUUUCUCCAGAUAUGA